AUGAAUUGCUUAAGAGGUAAACAGUUUCCUAGUUUAAUUAAUCAAAACAUUAAAAGAAUUAAUAGCAAGAGAUAUAUUUCGGUGGGUGGCAAAUUGAAAGAAGAGAUAUUAUUCGAGGGAUCACCUAAGAAUGGUGUUUCAAUAUUGGAGCUCUUGAAGCAAGAUAAAGACAGCAAAAGAUCUAUAAUUGUUGGUGUACCAGGAGCUUUUUCACCUGGAUGUAGUGAGAAACAUAUUCCACAAUACAUUGAAAAGAUUUCAAAAAUUAAUCAAGAAGUAGGUAUUAACAAGAUCUAUGUUAUUUCUGUCAACGAUUCAUUUGUUAUGAAAGCAUGGAAGGAGAAAUUCUUUGGGGAAUCUCCAGAGUUGAACGACAAGUUUCGGUUUUUAGCAGAUACAAAUGGAAAAUUUACUGAGAAGAAUGAAUUGUCAUUUGAUGCCAGAAACAUUUUUGGAAACUAUCGAUCAAAGAGAUACAGUUUAAUCGUUGAUAACGAGGGAGUGGUUUUACAAAGUUUUAUUGAGCCAGAUAAUGUUGGCAUUAACGUUUCAUCGGCAGAAAAUGUUUUUAAAAACAUUAGCAAAUAA